AGCUAGUAAUACAGGACCAUGACCACUGUGUUAAUACCCAUGUGUAUGCUACGAAGGCUAUCAUUAUGUUGUGUUAUAGCUUUACCCACCCAACUCCAAGACUUGUAAGUAAAUUAAGUAAGCAAAAAUUUGUAGCCCUCCCACAGUAGCCUACUUCAUCAAAAACAAGAUGUGGCCCCCCUCCAAAAACUUCCUGAUCCUGAACCUGAUGAUGUCCAUGUUGACUUAAUAAGUUAAAGUUUUCAAAAUUAAAAACCAUCCGCAUCCCUCCACAACCAUCAUGAGUACUUCUCCUACAACUUCCCCAGCCGUAAAACCCUCCGACCGCCUGAACGCGAACAACCGCCUCCCCGACGCCCCGACGAAAAAGAAAACCCCAGCGGGUGCUCCUGCGUUUCAACCGAAAGCAAAGACGAAAGUUGGUUUCGCGGCCCACAGCUCUGGCGUGGCCACGGUGGCGAAGAAUGUAGUUCAACAUCCGAAGAUAGUACUACAACAAAAUACUGGUAGCACGGGGGCGGAUAGCAAAAGCGGGGGAGCAACAGCAACAUCAGCGUCGGCUGGUAAAAAUAUCAAAAACCCAAAAUCCUCAACCACUUCAGUAGCAGCUGCAAGUUCCCUACCGAAAACCCUGCCACCAGCAGUAGCAGGGAACAUCAAGACGACGACAAAAAAUCAGGGCAAGGUCGCAAAGCAAACCGAAACUCCUCCUGCAGGAGCUGCCCCCUCGACAAACGACAAGCAUUCUCCUGGCGAAGAUCUCGAUGCGAGUCAUGUCUCCUGGCCCGCUCACGAGGACCACGAAGAUCUUGACUAUCAAAUGUAAAAAUGUCAGGGUCUGGAAACCUGUGAUGCUGUGUGGCGUAUCAUGAGGAGGCGGCAAUUGCUGGCUCAGCAUGACAAGUUUUUGAGCUUCUAGGUGUUGCCUAUUCUGCAUGACAAACUACGUUUCUGCAUGACAGAAAAGUGGGGCUCUUUAGUAAUGUGCAUGACAGAUUUAAGAGUCAUGCCAGACAAGCAUGACAAAUCUCGCAAUCUUCCAGACCCAGACAUUUUUACAUUUGAUAUUGACCACCACGAGACCAUAGACUGGCCCAUCGCGGGAGAUAGCACGCAUGGAAACAACAGUAAGGCAACAGCUGGAGGUGGUGGUUUUUCGCCGAAAACUUCCAGUACUGGUGAUCGCACACAGGACCAAGAACAUCUUCAUGCUGGACAAACUAUAAAACAGAAACAGCCACGUCAACACUCCCGCCACGACCUUUCUUCGCCGAGUCGCUCCACGCACCACGAGGUCGCGGGCAACGCGCCUUUGAUAGAAGGCGGGGAGUCCUCCGAAGAGCAAGGUCAGGGAGUAGAUGAAAAACACGCCAUCGUCCCAGUAGUGUACGACGGGCACGACGAGGACCAUGGGAGCUACAACGCAGACGAGUUGUACAACGUGGAAGGAGAGGAAGAAGAAUUCUUUCAUGAUGGGGUCGCGGCUGACGACGGGUUUUAUCAUGGCCAUGGCGAGGAUCAUGAUUAUGGAUAUGAUCAUGAUGAUGAAACAAGAGCAGACCAUGACCAUUAUAAUGAUCAACACGAUGAUCAACACGAUCAGCACUACUGGGACACGCUGCGAAACCACAUGCACAUGUACCACCAGCACAUGCAACAGCAGAACCAGGAAACAAGAAUAGAAGCGGAGCAGGCGUCGACGAACAACAAGAGAAACAUCUUUAAAGACAUUUUUAACGCGCUCCAUUACUUCCACACGAGUCUCGCGCACGGGCAUAAGGUGCACUACCGGGAUCCGGACCACCACGAAGAGAUUCAGCAGGAAAUUAGAGAGAAAGAAAAAGCUCGGAAGGAGAAAUACAGAAAGGCGAGGUUCCCCACCGAUUCCCACCACGUCGGGGUGGUGAAGAACCCCAGUUUAUUGGCGAGGGCGGGAGCGGGUGCAUCCGCGAAAAACAGCAUCGCCGCACGAUCUUCCCGGUCCAGUGCGGCGCUGGAUAGGUUGAAAGAUGUAGUCGCCCACGUUUCGUACCGCGUGAAUUACAGGGGCUCAUCAAGUGGAACUUCUACAUCCUCGAGAAAAUCCUCAAAGGCCGCCGCUUUGGACCAAGCGAGAGAGCAGGCCGAUGCGACCUGGGAGAGCUUUGAGGAAAUGCACUUUGGCGGCGGUGUAGGUGCUGCUUCUGCAGCAAGAAGGUCAUCUUUGGCCACCUCUAGUACACCUGCAUCAACCGAGCUAGCGAUUAUUCCUUUCGGUGGAGCCCACGACGAGGACUCAACAUCUUUCACGCCCCCGCGCCGGCCCGGCGGGUCGACGUGGGGGGCCCCGAAGCCGGAGGGAGAGGGCAUCAACACGUCGGCCAUUGCCGGCAUCAUGGCCCGCCGGACGCAGGAGGCGCGAGCCAAAGCGCGGAGCACGGACGCGGCCGCGCGAAGGACGGCCCGGGCGAGUGAGAGGGCCAUCCGGACGGCGAAGACGCAAUAUGCCAGGGAACAAAUGUUGGAAAGCAAGACUGCGGGAUGGGCCGCGGCACUCAAAACCGGGGGUGAAACAGGCGAGGACUCCUCGGAAGUUGUAAGGACCGAAUCUGAAGAAAAAGUGCAGCGCCACCAGCAGGAGCUUCAGGGGAGUAGAGCAACGGGACUCGAACCUGUAGACAACGACGCCGAGGAGGAGGCUGCUCGAAGCACACACGGCGCCAGAACUACAAGUACCGCGCGAGAACAUCAUAGUAGCCGCACAGCAGGAGGGUCGUUGUCGGCAACAUCUGCCGCCGGGCGUGCGACCGCAGGAGCCACGUCUUCUUCAAGUAGAAUUGAGGCUCUAACCAGAAAGUCGCUGAAGCAGGGGAUCGUGGAGAAUUUAGAAUACCAAGACGAGCAACAAAGAAUGGCUUCGAGAAGUACUGCUGGUGGGGCGCACGUCGCACAUGCAGCAAGACAGUCUUCAUCUUCCCGAGCAACAGAGACCGCAAGGACCACAAGCGCAGUUCGAGCCACUGCAAGAAGAACCGGGUCAGGUGUUGAAGUAGGUGAUCAUGAAGACACGACAAGAAGAUCAAGUUCUAUGCCGGGCGGUGAUCAUAUUAGCACUUCUGGUACAACUUCUAGACGGUCCACCAGAAAGAAACAGCCGGGCGAUCGAUUACAGCUGCGGCAAGAAGAGGCACACGACGCGGAGAAAGAGGAAGGACGAAGUGAAGACCUAUUUGCAUCAAACGCUAACAACUUCGGGGGCCUACAGCUUCUUACUCGUGAAAGUGAGAAGAGAAAAACAUCCGAGCAGGACGAGCCGCGGAGCGUCAAGUUAUUGCAGACUCAACAGACGUUUGGCCUUGGCCAACUAGAGCUACAUGAUCACGCGGAGGGGGAAGCUGCAGGGGUAGAUGCGCUCAUAAUCGAGGAGGGAGGCACAGACGAUCAUGAUGUCGAUCCGACGACUCGUGCUUUUUUAGAGCAGCAUGCCGCGCACUCGCACGGCUGGAGUAGAAGUGCUGCGGCCCAGCACUACACUAGCGAGGGAGAAGCGAUGCCCCCGAUGAUGGGCGGUGGACCACCCGGACCUGCAAAUAAAGGCUGGGGUGGAACUAGUACUACCCAUAAAAGCAGUAUGGCAGCACAAAAAGGGUAUUCCUAUUCACUGAAACACGGUACUCGCGAGGGAGAAGCGAUGCCCCCCGGACCCGCAAAGGGUGGAGGUUGGGGAACCACACAUAAAGGCAUGGCAGCACAAAAAGGGUAUGCACCGAAGCACGGCACUAGCGAGGGAGAAGCGAUACCCCCGAUGGGCGGACCCGGUUGGGGACCUACUCCCUAUAAUAAAGGCAUGGCAGGACAACCAGGAGGGUAUAAUGCUGCACCCAUGACGGCGGAUCCGUUUGGUAAGGUCGCCGCGAAGAAGGGAGGUGGUGGCCCGGGAAAAGGUGGUGGGAAAAAAGGGAAAGGGAAACAAGAUCCCUCUGAUAUCCUGUGUGAAAACGACGUCCCCACGAUGCCAGAGUCAAGAUAGGGAUUUUGCUACACAAACCAGCAGCUUUUGGCUGUCGCGCAUGACAAGUUCGGGCUCGCAGUGUAAUUGCGUUUAGCUAUUACAGCUCGCUGCAUCACAACUUAAUCGCCCGAUGCUGAUUCUAGCAUUACAAAUUUCCAGAUAGCAUCAGAAAAUGGAGGCUCUCAUCGGGCUGUGCAUGAAAGAUGGUUUAGGCUUACAGAUUUGCAUGACAACUUUGCGAAACAGCGCAAUCUUGCAGAUUUUGCAUGCUAAACAGCGCUCUCUUCUAUGUUUUUGGCGUAUGUGAUUUAUCCAUAGAUUAACAUGAAAGCCGUGCUGCAGGGUCCAGUAUCCUUGUUGCUGGUGUCCUGGUUGUGCUUUCUAUAUGUGUCGCGAGUAAGGAUUGUUGGCGUUGUUGGCGAAAGUGUGAGGCAAAAAAGUUGGUAUAGUUGGCGAGUUGGUAUAGUGGCCGGGAGAUGAUGGUGAUGGCACUUCGGUGCCCACCUGACCUACCUUCCCUGCGUGACAGCCAUCUGCGGCCGUUUGCAAAGGGGGAGGCAAAGUGUGCCGCACUUCUGUUUAGCAUGACAAUUUUGCGAAGGUGGGGAGGACGUUUUUACGCAGGAUAUCUGAGUGGUAUGAACCAGACCACCACGACCACUAUGGGAACAAAGUGAACAUGUCCGAGACGUCCUCCGAGGUGGCCAGGAAGGAGCUGGACAUGCACUUCUACCCCAUCGUCUCGGUACUUUACCCGGUGGUUCAGAUUUUCAUGUUUUACGCCGUCGCAAACAAGACCGAGGAUUCUUUACGGGACUACAAUCUCAAGUACGGAAUUCGGGCGUUCAAAAACCGGACCUGCUUCCUCACCGAGAAGCCCUUCGAAUACAGUGGGUGUCCCUGGUUCGUCGACAUCAGGAGUGAGGCGAUCCGCUACGUCUCCUACGCAUUUGCCCACACGGAUACCGGGCACCUUUUGAACAACAUCAUUUUCGAACUCCUUUUUGUAUGCAGGAGUGCAAAAGCAUCGUACUAGUAUAAAUCGCAAUACAAAUUGGCUCAGCAUUACAAAUUGAAUUUGUAAUGCGGAUUUACCUUAACAAGUAGAUUUGUAAUGCAUGACUGCGAUUACUACGAGUACGAUACUUUUGCACAGGAUAUUUUGGCCCGAGUCUGGAAAUGGUGCACGGCACCGCGCGCAUGCUGCCCUUGGUGCUUUUGGCCAUUCUCGGCGGCAGUCUCACCACGGCCGCGGAUAUCAACUGUAAAAAUGUCUGGGUCUGGAAGAAUUCAUGUUUGUCAUGCUUGUCUGGCAUGAUUCUUAAAUCUGUCAUGCACGUUACCCAAGAGGUGCGUUUUUCUGUGAUGCAGAAGCGCAGUUUGUCAUGCAGAAUAGGCAACACCUAGGAGCUCAGAAAUUUGUCAUGCUGAGCCAGCAUCUGUAGCCUCAUCAUGAGACGCCACCCAGCAUCACAAGUUUCCAGACCCAGACAUUUUUACAUUUGAUAGCGGAAGACCCAACGCAACUCGUGGUCGGGAGUUCCGGCUAUGCCUACGGACUGGUGGCGAUGCAGAUCGCGAAUCUCGCUAUGAACUGGCACGAGUUAUCAAAUGCAAAAAUGUCCGGGUCUGGAAGGUUGCGAGAUUUGUCAUGCUUUUCUGGCAUGACCAAAAAGUUUGUGAUGCGUGUCCAAGAAAAGACUUCUUCGCCACCUGUCAUGCAAAAACGCAGUUUGUCAUGCGAAAAACGCAACACGUACACAAAAAAGCGCAGAUACUUAUUUCUCAUGCUUGGCUGUGUAUUACAGAACAUUCAUUAUUCCCAACGCAGCAUUACAAGUUUCCAGACCUUGACACUUUUGCAAUCCAUAUGAGUAUGACCACCGCUAUUUCCACUUCAACCACGAACAGACGCUGAAGAUGCGGCAGUCCUACGUGUUUUUGGCCACUAUUUUAACUUUCGUCCUCAUGAUGUCCUUUUCUACUGUGCAGUCGAUGGACGGCGGCGGGGUGUCCCACUCCGCGCACAUGGGCGGCGCCAUCUGCGGGCUCUUGUUCGCAGCGCUGUUCUGUCGAAACGUGGUCAAGUAUCCGAGUGCACAGCCUCCCCUCCCCCUCAUUUGAAGGAUAUAAACAGCAACGCAAGCGCUGGCAUACUCAUACAUGCAGCUUUUGCAUGACAAGUUCGCGACCGACUCUGGUUCUGUUCCGGCUUCCGGAACCUGUCAUGCAAGAAGUGCCAAAGAUAAAAGGGUUGACUUGAAUAUUUUACAUUACAAAUGAGGGGGACGAAGGGGAGUUGUGCAUUGUCAUAUCAAUCGGGGCAGCGAGGGAAAAGUACAGGUCGCCUGCGGAAUCACAGCGGCGGUCUACGUAAUGGUGCUACGCCCUGCAAAUUAUUGGUCUGGGUCUGGAACGAAAUCAAAAAUGCAAGGAGUUCUUGUAGUGGUUGUAGUAAUGCUUGGAGCAACACGUACUGAUGCUUGUCCCUUGCCCGCCUGAACGCAGGACGAACAGGAUUUGUCAUGCGCAUGCGCAAUACGCACUGCAUAAAAGAAGUAACCGAUGAUCAAAAAUUUGUGUUGUUUUGCCGACGAAAGUCAAAGUCUUCUGGCCAGCAGCAGAGCCAUGUAUGAAACUUGUGAUAAUUUUCCAGUGACCCAGACCAAAAACAAUUUGCAAUCCAUAGGUUCUGAUCAUCCACAUAUCGAACUCGGGAGAAGGCACCGGUACGGAAGCUCCGGUGAGUUUACUUUCCGGGCAAAUUCACUCCUGCCGGGCAAACGCGGGCGGGUUGGCCGCGGGACACUGCUGUCUCUCGGAGAGCAAACAGGCAGAGCGCUGUGCUGCCGCAGCGGAAACGACGACAACGGGAGAGCCAAGUUCCUCUGACACUACAUCGACGACAGCCCUGCCCUUGCCGUGA